AUGCUUCUAUCGGCGUUGGUACUGCUUCCCAUUGGCAGUAGGCCACUCUCAUUCCUAGGGAACUUCUUUUCUCCGAUCCAAAAUAUUCAGCGGUCUCGCUCAGUCCGAAUGGAAGGUAAGAAGUUUUUCGCCUAUAUAGCCCCAGAUGAGAACAAGGUGAAGAAUGUGUUUGUCAAAUGCACCAACUGUAAACAUACGCGGCAAGUGACGUUUGAAAAGAGCGAUGAUGUCCUGAGUUAUUCCUGGACCGGCGUGGAAGACGUGAUCAUCUAUUCCCAAGACAACGAUGGUGAUGAGAACACGAUGCUCUUCAAGAAGAACAUAUCAGAGCCAGAGAUCGCUGCGCAUCCAGAGAAGCGAACGGUGAUUUCCGACCGUCUGGGAGUGAAAGCGAUCAUCAGUGGCAAUAACCACAGAGAUAAACGAGUGCUGAUCGGACUCAAUGACGAGAAUCCAGCCUAUCACAAUGUGUAUUCGUUCGACUUAUUGACUGACUCGAUGACGUUAGUGAUGAAGAACAGCCGUUUCCCGGUGGUGGUCGUCGACAAUGACCUAAAUAUACGUCUGGCUGGUGAGCAACAGGAAGAUGGAGCGCUGAUGUACUUCAAGCUCACCGAUAAAGCGAACCCGGUAUUGCUUACGUCUGACGAAGCAGAUUGGGAGCAAUACAUACUGGUCCAACCAGACGACAUGGCGAUCACAUCGCCAGUCGCUUUCGACAAGUCCAAUCAGAACAUGUACUGGCUGUGGGGUGAUGAAAACACCGAUCUUGGUAAGUUCUGUCCCGAGAGGGUUACCUGA